GCACUAGUCUGAGCACACACACACACACACACACACACACACACACACACACACACACGGUGAACUUAAUUAAUUUAAUUUACCGCUUUAUCACAGAUAUGGCGUCACAGGCACUUUGUGUGUGCGCGUGUGUGUGUAUCACCGCGUUAAUAAACAGUGUGUCGGCAGAGCGCUCCUUCACUAUAGAUUACAGUAAAGACUGCUUCCUGAAGGAUGGACAGUAUUUCCGCUAUGUGUCCGGCAGUGUCCAUUAUUCCAGAGUCCCACGCUUCUACUGGAAGGACAGACUGAUGAAGAUGUACAUGGGCGGCCUUAACGCCAUUCAGGUAUAUGUGCCCUGGAACUUCCAUGAGCCUGUGCAGGGCAUGUACAGCUUUGAGGGGGACAGAGAUCUGGAACAUUUCCUCCAUCUGGCCAAUGAGACGGGCUUGCUGGUGAUCCUGAGGCCCGGACCGUACAUCUGUGCCGAGUGGGAGAUGGGAGGUCUGCCUGCAUGGCUGCUCCACAACCCCAACAUUAUCCUGCGGUCAGCAGAUUCAGAGUACAUGCAGGCUGUAGGUGAUUGGUUGGCAGUGCUGCUCACUAAAAUGCGCCCAUGGCUGUAUCAGAAUGGAGGGAACAUAAUCAGUCUGCAGGUGGAAAAUGAGUAUGGCAGUUACUUUGCGUGUGACCAUAACUACAUGCGGUCACUUCGGCUGCUGUUCCGGAACUUUCUGGGCGAGGAUGUGGUUCUGUUCACUACUGACGGAAACAGGGAUAAAGAGCUAGCGUGUGGAAGUCUACAGGGGCUGUAUUCUACCAUCGACUUCGGGACCGAUACAAACAUCAGUGAUGCAUUCCUCCGUCAGCGGAGAUUUGAGCCCAAGGGCCCUCUGGUCAACUCUGAGUUUUACACAGGUUGGCUGGAUCACUGGGGAGAUGACCACACCACAGUCGACACACAGAAAGUCAGUAAGAUGUUGAGAGACAUGAUGAGCAUGGGAGCUAACGUCAACAUGUACAUGUUUGAAGGAGGGACAAACUUUGGUUACUGGAAUGGAGCGGAUCAUGAUACCAGGUUUCGUCCCGUAGUGACCAGUUAUGAUUACGAUGCUCCGUUAUCAGAAGCUGGAGAUCCAACGGACAAACUCCUGGCCAUCAGAGACGUCAUUAAAGAUUUUCGUGAUGUUCCAGUUGGCCCCAUGCCCCCAGCGACACCAAAGAUGGCGUAUGGGUUUGUGAUGCUACAAAAGAUUGGUAAUGUCAGUGGGUUGCUGGACAUGUUAUCACCUCAGGGUCCACUCAAGUCUCUGAAGCCACUAACGUUUGAGGAGAUCAAACAAGUGUAUCAGGGUGUAAUGGAGAGAGACAUUGCAUUAGUGAUAAACGUGACAGGGCGUGAAGGAGAUCAGCUAGACCUUCUGGUGGAGAACAUGGGCAGAGUGAACUUUGGCUCCAAAAUCAAUGACUACAAGGGCAUCUUGGGAAAUCUGAUCCUGGGUAACGACGUGCUUUCUGAUUGGCUGAUUUUUCCUUUGGAUAUUGAUGGAGUCAUUGCAAAUGGCUGGCUGCAGUCGGGAUGGAGGGCAGAUGGGAAAGAAGUGGGAGACGUUGGACCGAGUUUUUAUUCUGGUACUUUAAAACCCAAUGGAGUUUCCAGAGACACCUUCAUCAAACUUACUGGCUGGACCAAGGGUCAGGUGUUUAUUAAUGGUGUUAACGUGGGUCGGUUCUGGCCAGAACGCGGUCCUCAGCACACGCUCUACGUUCCUGCAUCAUUAAUCAGCGCCACGUUAAUCAACAACAUCACUGUACUGGAGCUGGAGAGGGCAGUGUAUCACAGACGAGUGGUGUUUACUGACCGGCCUCAACUCGACAACAUGGCUGUGUGAAACACACACACACUUCCCUACACUGUAACAAAUAAUAUUAUAUUAAAAUCAGUACACUGUUUUCUCAAUAAUAUUGAAGGUGUUCUUCUAUGAAACAGUUCAGUAAUGUGACUUUCUCCUAGGGGUCACUCACUGGGUCACAAAUAUGAUCAGGUCAAAUUUAUAGCAUAAUAAAUUAAAUCCUGCAUAAGAUUUAAGAUUUUUUUGUUGUAAUUUUACAUUGUAAUAAAAUUACUUACAAGUAAAAAUGUA